GCAAUCCUAUUGCACAUUCUGUCCUGGCGGCGGCGCCCCACUUUGCAGCUAGCCAAGCCGGCGGAGCGCGGAGGCAGCGAACAUGGCGACAGGGAGAAGCCGCGCCGGGGAGCCGCGCUCUCCGCUCCGGGAAACGGCCCCCCGGCUGGCGAUGCCGCCGCGUCUCGCCCUCCUCCUCCUCUUCCUGCUCUCCGCCUGCAGCCUCCGGCCGGCCGAGUCCACCGACAAGACCUUGCGGCUGCACGCCGCUUACACAUCCCGAGCCCAGGACCGGGGCUUCGAGGUGCUGCGGGCGAGGAGUCCCGAUGGCACAGUCAGGCAGCCGGCGCCGGGCGAGAUGCUGCGGAACAAGCGGAGCGCCGCCGCUGCCCAGCAGCAGGAAUCCAUGAAGGUGUACGGACAGGUCAGCCUGAAUGAUUCCCAUAACCAGAUGGUCGUUCACUGGGCUGGAGAGAAAAGCAACGUCAUCGUCGCUUUGGCCCGUGAUAGCUUAGCCUUCCUAGGCCCCAAGUUAAGUGAUGUUUAUAUUUCUUACGACUACGGGAAAACGUUUAAAAAGAUAUCGGAGAAAUUCAAUUUUGGCCCGGGGAACAGCAGCCAAGCAGUGAUUGCUCAAUUCUACCACAGCCCAGCCGACAACAAGAGGUACAUCUUUGUUGAUGCUUACACUCAGUACCUAUGGCUUACCACGGACUUCUGCAACACCAUCCAAGGCUUCCCAAUUCCAUUCAAAGCGGCAGAUCUGCUUUUGCACAGCCGGCUCCCAAACCUCAUCUUGGGAUUUGACAAGACCCAUCCGAACAAGCAGCUCUGGAAGUCGGAUGAUUUUGGGCAGACGUGGAUAAUGAUUCAUGAGCACGUGAAAUCGUUUUCCUGGGGUGUUGAACCCUAUGACAAACCCUACGCAGUUUACAUCGAGCGCCAUGAGCCCACCCGGGCCUCCACCGUCCUCCGCAGCACCGAUUUCUUUCAAACCAGAGAAAACAAAGAGAUUCUGCUCGAGGAGGUUGAAGACUUCCAACUCAGGGAAAAGUAUCUGUUUGCAACAAAAUCUGUGCAUCUUUUAGGGACGCAGCAGCCAUCCGUUCAGCUUUGGGUAUCCUUUAACCGCAAGCCGAUGCAACCAGCCCAGUUUGUGACGAGGCACCCCAUUAAGGAAUACUAUAUUGCGGACACAUCUGAAGACCAGGUGUUUGUGUGUGUCAGUCACAGUAACAACGGCACCAACCUCUACAUCUCCGAAGCGGAAGGCCUAAGGUUUUCAUUGACUUUGGAGAACGUCCUGUACUACAGCCCGGGAGGAAUGGGGAGUGACACUUUGGUCAAGUACUUUGCAAACGAGCCCUUUGCGGACUUCCACCGCGUGGAGGGGGUUCCGGGGGUCUACAUCGCCACCUUGAUCAACAGCUCCUUCAGCGAGGAGAACAUGCGGUCUGUCAUCACCUUCGACAAAGGUGGGACUUGGGAAUUUCUCCAGCCGCCAGAGUAUACUCGCUACGGCGAAAAGAUAAAUUGUGAGCUUUCCAAGGGCUGCUCUCUUCACCUGGCCCAGCGGCUGAGCCAGCUCCUCAACUUCCAACUGCGCAGAAUGCCCAUCCUCUCCAAAGAAUCAGCUCCGGGACUGAUCAUCGCAACAGGAUCCGUGGGCAAGAACAUGGCAAACAAAAUGAACGUGUACAUUUCAAGCAGCGCAGGGGUCCGGUGGAAAGAGGUCCUGUCCGGACCCCAUUAUUACUCAUGGGGUGACCACGGAGGGAUCCUCAUGGCGGUAACACAGGGCACAGAGACAAACCAGCUCAAGUACAGCACAAAUGAAGGCGAGACCUGGAAGGUGUUCACCUUUUCGGAGAAGCCGGUUUUUGUUUACGGCCUCCUGACAGAGCCCGGCGAGAAAAGCACCAUCUUCACCAUCUUUGGCUCUUACAAGGAGAAUAGACACAGCUGGCUCAUUCUGCAGAUCAAUACCACGGAUGUGCUUGGGGUGCCUUGCACUGAAAACGAUUACAAACUGUGGUCCCCCUCUGACGAGAGAGGCAAUGAGUGUCUCCUGGGACACAAGACGGUCUUCAAAAGACGAACUCCCCAUGCGACUUGCUUCAAUGGGGAAGACUUUGAUCGUCCGGUCAUGGUCUCCAACUGUUCUUGCACCAGAGAAGACUAUGAGUGUGACUUUGGCUUCAAGCUGAGCGAAGACUUGUCAUUAGAAGUUUGUUUACCAGACCCUGAAUUUGCCGGCAAACCAUCUUCUCCCCCUGUGCCAUGUCCCAUUGGUUCAACUUACAAGAAGACCAGAGGUUACCGCAAGAUAUCCGGAGACACUUGCUCAGGAGGGGACGUUGAGGCUCGGCUGGAAGGGGAAUCUGUUCCAUGUCCAUUAGCAGAGGAGAAUGAAUUCAUUCUCUACACCACGCGGUACUCCAUCCACCGAUACGACCUCUCCUCUGGGGUCAGCGAAGAGCUGCCGCUGACGGGGUUGCGAGGGGCGGUGGCGCUUGACUUUGAUUAUGACCGCAACUGUUUGUACUGGGCCGAUGUGACACUAGACAUUAUCCAGCGCCUGUGUCUUAAUGGGAGCUCAGGACAGGAGAUCAUCGUCAGCAGCGGUCUGGAGACGGUCGAAGCGUUGGCCUUUGAACCCAUCAGCCAGCUGCUGUACUGGGUGAAUGCCGGCAUACCAAAAAUCGAGGUCGCCAACCCAGAUGGAGACUUGCGACUUACAGUGUUGGAUUCCUCUGUGCUUGAACGGCCGCGAGCCUUGACUCUGGUACCCAAAGAGGGGCUGAUGUUUUGGACAGACUGGGGGGACUCCAAGCCUGGCAUUUACCGCAGUGAGAUGGACGGCUCUUCCCCGACUUGCGUUGUCUCCGAGGGAGUGAGGUGGCCGAAUGGCAUUUCGGUGGACGAUCAUUGGAUCUACUGGACGGAAGCCUACAUGGACAGGAUCGAGCGCAUCGAUUUCAAUGGCUUGCAGAGAUCGGUAAUCCUGGACAGCCUCCCGCAUCCUUACGCCAUUGCUGUUUUUAAGAAUGAAAUCUAUUGGAACGAUUGGUCGCAGCUGAGCAUUUUCAGAGCCUCUAAACACAGCGGGUCCAAAAUGGAGACGUUGGUUGACCAUCUCAAUGGUGUGAUGGAUAUGAAGAUCUUCUACCGGGGAAAGACAGCAGGGCAGAAUGCUUGCAUCUCCAAGCCUUGCAGCCUUUUGUGCCUCCCAAGAUCAAACAACAGCCGAAGCUGUAAAUGCCCCGAGGGAGUUGCCAGCCACGUGCUCCCAUCUGGGGAAGUGAGAUGUGAUUGCCCGCCUGGGUAUCUCUUGAAGAACAGCACCUGUGUAAAGGAAGAAAACACCUGUCUCUCCAACCAGUACAGAUGUUCGAACGGGAAUUGCAUCAACAGCAUUUGGCAGUGCGACAACGACAACGACUGCGGGGAUAUGAGCGACGAGAAGAAUUGCCCAACAACUGUGUGUGAUGUUGACACUCAGUUCCGGUGCCACGAGUCGGGGACCUGCGUCCCGCUGUCCUACAAGUGUGACCUGGAGGAUGAUUGCGGAGACAACAGUGACGAGAGCAACUGCAAAACCCACCAGUGCCGCGAGGAUGAAUUCAGCUGCAACUCGGGGAUGUGUGUUCGCCUGUCAUGGAAGUGUGAUGGGGAUAACGAUUGCCGAGACUGGUCUGAUGAAGCAAACUGCACUACAGUGUACCACACUUGUGAAGCCUCCAGUUUCCAGUGCCAUAAUGGGCACUGCAUCCCCCAGAGGUGGGCAUGUGAUGGUGAUGCCGACUGCCAAGAUGGAUCUGAUGAGGACCCCACCAACUGUGAGAAGAAGUGCAACGGCUUCCAGUGCCCUAACGGGGGUUGCAUCCCUUCCAGCAAGCGCUGCAAUGGGUUCCGCGACUGCUCUGACGGCUCUGACGAAGAGCAUUGUGAGCCCAUCUGUACACGCUACAUGGAUUUCGUGUGUAAGAAUCGGCAGCAGUGUUUGCUGCGUUCCAUGGUGUGUGAUGGCACCGUGCACUGUCGAGAUGGCUCAGAUGAAGACUCUGCCUAUGCUGGAUGCUCCCAAGACCCCGAGUUCCACCACACUUGUGACCAGUUUAGCUUCCGGUGUCAAAAUGGUGUGUGCAUUAGUUUGGUGUGGAAAUGUGAUGGCAUGGAUGACUGUGGGGACUAUUCUGAUGAGGCAAACUGUGAAAACCCAACCGAAGCCCCAAACUGCUCUCGGUACUAUCAGUUCCAGUGUGACAACGGGCACUGCAUCCCUAACAGGUGGAAAUGUGACAAAGAGAACGACUGCGGCGACUGGUCUGAUGAGAAGGCCUGCGGAGGUUCAGCCGUCGUCCCCGUCACCACCUUGGCCCCUGCCACGUGUUCGCCUAACCACUUCCGGUGCAAUGGCGGUGCUUGCAUCAUGAACAGCUGGGUUUGCGACGGAUACCGGGACUGCGCAGACGGCUCUGACGAGGAUGCUUGCCCCACAACACCAAUUGGUGCAACUUCAACGUCGCCCAGUGUCACCGGACGCUGCAGUCGAUUUGAGUUUGAGUGCCAGCAGAUGAAGAAAUGUGUCCCAAAUUGGAAGCGCUGCGAUGGCUUGAGAGACUGUCAGGAUGGCACUGAUGAGCUGAACUGCCCUACUCACAGCACCUUGUCGUGCCCUAAUGGGUUCAAGUGUGAAGAUGGAGAGGCUUGCAUCACGAUGACGGAGAGAUGUGACGGGUUCCUGGAUUGCUCGGAUAGCAGCGACGAAGGAAACUGUACCGAUGACACUCUUGUCUAUAAAGUGCAGAACCUCCAAUGGACAGCCGAUUUCUCCGGCAACAUCACUUUAACCUGGACCCGCCCUAAGAAGAUGCCCCUUGCAUCCUGCGUCUACAAUAUCCAUUACAGGAUGGUUGGAGACAGCGUGUGGAAAUCCUUAGAAACCCACAGCAACAAAACCAACAGCGUCUUGAAAGUCCUGAAGCCAGACAGCACGUACCAGGUCAAAGUGCAGGUUCAAUGCCUGAGCAAAGCGUACAACACCAACGACUUCAUCACCUUGCGUACCCCGGAAGGACUGCCAGACCCUCCCCGACAUCUUCAGUUAUUGCUGAAGAGAGAAGCUGAAGGCGUUGUGGUUUGCCAGUGGGCACCUCCAGCGAAUGCCCACGGCCUGAUCAGAGAAUAUGUUGUGGAAUACAGCAGAGCUGGUUCCAAGGAAUGGUCGUCUGUGAGAGCCGCCAGCAACUACUCGGAGAUAGAGAGCCUGCAGGUCAACGUGUUAUAUACAGUCAGAGUUGCUGCGGUAACUAGCCGUGGAGUGGGAAACUGGAGUGAUUCCAAAUCCAUACGAACCGUAAAAGGCAAAGUUAUUCCACCACCUACGAUCCAUAUUGAUAGCUACACUGAAAACUCCAUAAGCUUCACCCUCAAAAUGGAAGCUAACAUUCAGGUGAAUGGUUACGUUGUGAAAAUCUUCUGGACUUUCGACACCCACAGACAAGAAAAAAUAUCCUUGCUCAUUGAUGGGGGGAAGUCGGCACAAACUGUGAGCAACUUGACCGCUCAGACACAGUACGAGAUUUCUGCAUGGGCCAAGACGGAGCUGGGUGACAGCCCUCUGUCUUUUGCCCACGUGGUGACCAGCGGCACAAGACCGUCCCCUCCCAGUCUGAAAGCCAAAGCUGUGAAUCAGACAGCGGUGGAGUGCAACUGGACUGGCCCCAAGAAUGUGGUAUAUGGCAUAUUUUAUGCUACAUCUUUCCUGGAGCUCUACAGGAAUCCUACCAAUGCCACCACCACACUGCACAACAUUACAGUCAUUGUCAACAGAGAUGAGCAGUACUUAUUUCUGGUACGUGUGAUAUCCCCAUACCAAGGGCCGCCUUCCGAUUACAUCGUUGUGAAGAUGAUUCCUGACAGUCGCCUCCCCCCUCGGCACCUUCACUCUGUGCACCUGGCAAAAACCUUUGCGGUUAUCAAGUGGGAGUCUCCUUAUGAUUCUCCCGACCAAGAUAUGUUGUAUGCUGUAGCCGUGAAAGAUUUAAUCAAGAAAACAGACCGGAUCUACAAGGUGAAAACCCGCAACAGCACUGUGGAGUAUACCAUCAAGAAGCUGGAACCUGGUGGCAAGUACCAUAUCAUCGUCCAGCUGGGAAACAUGAGCAAAGAGGCCAGUUUGAAACUUAGCACAGUUUCCCUGGCUGCACCGGAUGCUUUAAAGAUCAUAGCAGAAAACGACCACAUCUUGUUGUUUUGGAAGAGUUUAGCUUUAAAAGAAAGUCAUUUUAGUGAAAGCCGGGGGUAUGAAAUACACAUGUUUGACAGCGUGACAAAUAGCACGGCGUACCUGGGCAAUACCACGGAGAACGUCUUCAAAGUCUCCAACCUGAAGAUGGGGCAUAAUUACUCCUUCACGGUGCAAGCAAGAUGUCUUUACAGCGGGCAGGUGUGUGGGGAGCCUGCAACACUACUUUACAACGAAGUGGGAAGCGGCAGGGAUCCUGCUGCAACCACCAUGAGCAAGCCUACAGACGUGGCUGCCAUUGUGGUGCCGAUAUUAUUCCUCUUGCUAGUGACAGUGGGCAUAGGGUUCGUUGCCUUGUACAUGAGGCACAGAAGACUUCAGAAUAGCUUCACGGCCUUCGCAAACAGCCACUACAGCUCCCGACUGGGUUCAGCAAUAUUCUCAUCAGGCGAUGAUUUAGGAGACGAGGACGACGAAGCGCCGAUGAUCACAGGCUUUUCAGACGAUGUCCCCAUGGUGAUAGCAUGAAGAGCGUUUCUGACUCUGGAAACCAAAAUGGUGUAAAUAUUUUAUUUGAUAAAAAAAGGAGAAAAAACACAGUCAACUGUUUAUUUUAAAACAAUAUACAGUAUAUAUAUAUAUAUAUCUGCACUUUUGAGUUGCAAUAUGUUAUUUUUGUAUGGCCGGAAAAAAAGAAGAAAUAAUUAUUACACUUUGUAGUACACAGCUGUGAACUUUCAAACCAGGUUGAUUUCGUAACAAUUUCUGUUUCUUUGUUACCCUCCCAUUUCCAACCUUUAAUUUAGUCUUACAAGGCUGUGCUUGCUGGGCAUGCUUUUAAGUCUGUGAGAUAAUUCUCUCAACCCCCCACCCUCCCCACCCCGGUCCUUGUUGACUUUGACUCUGAUCCUCUGAGAAGUGGUGCUUGGUCAGAGAGAAACCGCUUGAUGCUCCUUCCAGCUUUGACAUGAUACCAUAGAGUUGGUUGUGAAGAAUGGCACAAGUUUGGCUGCCACCGACAUGGAAGCACACUCCCCCUCGUAAUGUGUAAUAUUGGAAAGGCGUGUGACGUCUACCAUCCCUUUCCCCAUAUCACUGGCCCCCACUGCGCUGGGAAAGGGGCAGGUCACAAAGUGGGGAGUCCCAGCUCUCAGGCUGUAGCAUGCCACUUCCCUCUUUCCCUGCCCCUCUUUCCCAUACACAACUCAGUGGUUCACUGGCGCCACCUGGGAUGCAGUAGCAGCUGGAGUUAGCCUUUGGUCAUCACGCACAUUGCGCGGGCCGUGCGUCGGCUUCAGAGCUUGUUCCCCAGCCUGAACAACUUGGUCGCCAGAGGCAGGGAUGCUUCUGAAGGCCAGUUGCUAGAAGCCACAGGAAGGGAGAGUGCUCUCGUGCUCAGGUCCUGGUUGCUGGUCUCCUGUAGUCAUCUGGUUGGCCACUAUGAGGACAGGGUGCUGGUUUAGAUGUGUCACAGGCCUGAUCCAGCAGGCUCUUGUGAGGAGACAUUUCUUGGGCUAAUCUCCUGCUUCUGUUCUGUUCUGAUUUGCUGUCUCGGAUCUUUUUUUUUGGGGGGGGACCACAGAACUGGGACCCAGGUGGUGCUGUGGGUUAAACCACAGAGUCUAGGGCUUGCUGAUCGGAAGGUCGGCGGUUCGAAUCCCUGCAACGGGGUGAGCUCCCGUUGCUCAGUCCCAGCUCCUGCCCACCUAGCAGUUCGAAAGCACAUCAAAGUGCAAGUAGAUAAAUAGGGACCGCUCCAGUGGGAAGGUAAACGGUGUUUCCGUGCGCUGCUCUGGUUCGCCAGAAGCAGCUUUGUCAUGCUGGCCACGUGACCCGGAAGCUGUCUGCGGACAAACACCGGCUCCCUCGGGCUAUAGAGCGAGAUGAGCGGCACAACCCCAGAGUCGGACACGACUGGACCUAAUGGUCAGGGGCCCCUUUACAGAACUGCUACCACCCCACCGGAUAGUUUCUGAAAGCCCACCAGCUCCUUGACACAGUUUCUGACCAUUUCCAACACUUGGCCACCCAGAGCAAAACUGGGGAACCCUGCAAUGUUAUGCAAUCACAUCAUGUGUUUCCAUUACUGCACAUUACCAGGGAAGGGGGACGAACAGGGCUGUUUUCAGAGCCCUGUUUCUAGUUUGGAUGAAAGAUAUGGGGGCAAGGAAGGACUGCUGAGAGGUUCCUUUCUGACCUUCGUUAUAUGGUGGUUAUGCAACCGAAGUGGGUAAGGUGGGGCAACAACGGUGUCUUGCCCAUUCGCUAUCUUAGGGCACACCCCUGCCCCCCAAAUGCUGCUGCUACAAACCUCUCUUCAUUUCCAGAGGUCUUGCAUGAAAUCCUUACCCAAUUCCACAAGGCUGGCAACUAGCAGAACCACUUUACUCAGGAUCAGAGUCCAAACUAGCUUCUUUCUUUUUUCCUAAGAGAAAAUUUUAUUUUAAUAAAUUCAGGAAAAUAUAAAUAUAUAUCUAUAUAUAUAUCUAUGAAGAGAGAUAAUCAUUCCUGAAGGUUUUAACAUUGGCUUAAAAAUAUUUGGAUCUUGUUUUAUAUGAGAUUUUUUUGUGUUCUGUUUUAUUAAUUUAUUAGGAAAUCUGCUUUUGGUCAGAGUUCCAGAAUUCUCAGUCAUGUUGCACACUUAUUGUGUGAGGAGAUGUGCCACUUUAAUCUUUUGCAAAAUAGUCGUUUCUUCCCUCCAACCCCUUAUGUGUCUUGUAAUUGAAUCAGGUAUUAUUGCCAUAGUAAAAGAAAAGAAAAACAUUUUUAUCUUUGAAUACUUUCCCAUGCUUUAGGAGAAAACGAAACGAAAAAGUGGGGAGGGGGGAGGGGGUAGAGUGUGAGACUUGUUGAUUUGUAAAACUGAGGGCUAAAAUAGUUUCUGCAGAGCACUUAGUACACAUUCAUGGAAGCAAAAAAAGAUACAGUGGUGCCUCGCAAGACGAAUUUAAUUCGUUCCACGAGUCAGUUCGUUUUGCGAAAAAUUCGUCUUGCAAAUCGCGGUUUCCCAUAGGAAUGCAUUGAAAUUUCUUUUUUUGCCCAUAGGAACGCAUUAAUUAAAUUUCAAUGCAUUCCUAUGGGAAACCGCGAUUCGCAAGAUGAGUUUUUCGCAAAACGAAUUCGUCUUGCGAGUCACCAUCAGAUCGCAAGACGCAUUCGUCUUGCGAAAAAUUUGUCUUGCAGGGUAUUCGUCUUGCGAGGUACCACUGUACCUAUCCAGGCGCACAAAGGUUCAUACACUGGUUAACUUUUCUGUUUGUGUGUUUUUAAUGCAAGUGAAGAUGAUGAAGCCCUGAGAGGGAGGAGCUCUUGCAUGAUGAGGAUGAGGAAUCCCCAUUCACUCUAAUGAAAGGGGCAAUGUCCAUGAUAGACCACUUUCUGCAAGAAGAACUACCUGCUCCAUGUAGACACUGUGCCUCCAUAUGCACUUGAGAACUUCUGGAUCAGGGUUGAACCCUCCCAUGUUUGUUUGUUUUUUCGCAUUCAAUGGGUAUGGGAAUUUGGGGGCCACUUGCCACCUGCUUGGAUCAUUGCCAAUAAGUGGGGGUUGCAUCCAAUGCAACGAUAAGCGACCCAUUCCAUUAGUUCAAGGGUUUAUGUUUGCGCAAUGAAACUUCCCUAUGUGCCCGCCCAAUCUGGGUUUCCCCUUCCAAACCUCUGGGGCAGAUUUGAGGAGGGCACAUUGCACGUGUGGGGGUCGGAAUCCCCAUGUCCAACUGUAAAUCCUUGAACUAAUGGGACAAGGGCAUUGGGGGCUGCCGUAGGAGUUGCAGACUUAGCAUAGCUAUGCAACUUGGGCUCCCAAGCCAAAUAUCUGGUUCUCCUUGUCUUGUAUUUGUGUGAGUUACAAUGUGGAUUCCAUCAUGAAAAACAAAAGAAAACACAAAACAGUAGGAAGAAGGGAUUGCUUAAAAAUUAGGUGUCCCGCACAAAGGCUGCUAAAAUACAGCUUCCCUGUGGCCGACAGGGUGCAAGCCCAGAUGUGUGCCUGCUCAAAAGUUUCCUCUCCUUGCUGGUGUUACAUGGCCCUGUUUGACCUUUGGUGCAGUUUGGACAUUUCCAAAGCAUCCUGUGUACUGGAGGAGCAGGCCUGUUCCUUCUACCUUACGUCUAAGCCAGGGGCCAAUUGUUGCCCUCUGGACCUCUCUAUCUGGCCGUCAAGAUUCUCUGCAGGCCUCCUAGCCAGCCACACCCCUACGGGCCCUGCUCUACACCCUCCUUGAGUGUUUUUGCCUGGCUUGAAUGUGUCCUUAGUUCUGUUCAUGCCACCUCCUUGCUUGGAUGGAGGAUAGAGACGGGUGUGCAUGGAAGGAUGCAGGAAGGUAGCCUAAAAUCUCGAGGUAGACUCAGCAUUCAUUGCUCUGCCCACUUCUUCCAGGCUGAAAACAGUUACCCACUACUGAUCUACCGUAAAUUUAAUGUGUGGUACAAGUGCUCCAUGGGGCGGGGGUGGGG